AUGGAAACGAACGAAACAGUGGGGGGAAGGAGGGACCAAUCUACGACGAUAGCAGACCCAUCUCCUGCGAGGGGGAGCAUCCCCGGUGGUCAACGAGGUCGAAGAACGAAGGGAGAAGCAGCGACGACGCGCUCUUCUCGGUCGUCUGCUGGGUGCGAAAGAGAAGAAUCGAUCGGCAACGAGGGAGAUCGUCUCCGGAGCUUGACAAGGCCGAAGAGGCGGAAGGAAGAGCAACGAAGCAGCGCUCUUCUUGUCCGGUUACGAGGUGUGAUGUCUGGCAUCGCAAGCAACGGAAGCAGCGAAGACAGGACCUUCGGUGGGGUUUGCUGGACGGAAGAUGAAGACGAGGGCGCGAGCUGUGGGACGCUCAGUGACGGCAGCUCCGGAAUCCAUUGAAGGCAAUGAUGUUUGGGUUUUUAUUUUUGAUAAGGGAAGAGGCAAGGAUUCAAUGGUUUUUCUGGUGUGAAUUUGAUGGGAAGGAAGAAGAAGAAACAAAUGGUGUUGAUGCGCUUUUGGUUGGCUAAAAAAUCGUAUGAACAACACCUCCAUUUGGAGGUGUUCUUGGCUGGAAUUGAUGCAGAAUGACAAGAAAUAUUGAGGCGUAUGGGUGAUUAUUUUUUUUUAAUCAUUGUACAUUGUUUGAGUUGAGUGUAGUUUUGGUUGAAAGAGUGAAAGUCUCAAUUUUUUGGCUGUCAAUUAAGUGAUCGGAGAUUGUGUGUACCUUGAAUGAGAUUUAGAAUCUAUAAGAAAAUGAUUUUGAUGAGAUUUUGUUGGGUUGGAUUACUUGUGAUACAAAGAGAUUGUAUGUGUACGUAUCAUUCAUACUUUAUGUGUGAUGUAUUAUUUAAUUGGUAUGUAUUUGUGUGUAUUUAUUUGGUUUGAUAUGUAUUAUUAGUGUUUUCCAUUUGUAACCAUUUCUUGAUAAUUAUAAUC